AUGUCAGACGACGAAGUGAGCGAAAAGCUCGCUGCUCUUCAAACUAAUGGAGAGAAGAAGCUAUCAAAAAAGGAGCUGAGAAAACUGGCCAAGCGAGCAGACUAUGAAAAAGAAAUAUUAGCCAUGGGAGGUAAAGUUGAUGGACAAACUGCAAACGACAUACGUGAAGAUGAUGAUGUUACAUUUUCGAAUCCUAAACAAAAUGAUGUUAUCUUUUCGGGUGAGAGAGGAAUCGGUUCGGGAGCUCAACUUGGCGGUCAAUUCACUGUUUCCCAAGCUUCGCAAAGUAUCACGCAAAAACAACAAGCUGAAAAUAACAUGGACAUUAAGGUAGAAAAUUUCGACAUCGGUGCGCAAGGGAAAUUGCUUUUUAAUAAGGCAUCGUUAACUAUCGUAUACGGGAGGAGAUACGGGCUGGUUGGACCUAAUGGGUCAAUACUUUUAAUGGGUAAAACAACGCUAUUAAAA